AUGAAUUAAUAUAAUGAUUUGAUUAUCAAAUGCCCGAAUCCAGAACAUGCCAAUAAUGUGAAACUAGUCUGCUUUGAUGAAUCGUGUAAAGCUGAUAGAUUAUAUUGUAUGCAUUGUAGCAGGAAUGGAAUACAUUUUUCUCAUCCUCAAUAUCAAUAUCAAUUGUCAAAUUUGUUUGAUCACAUAGAGAAAAUUGAAAAAGAAUGCGAUGAUUUAAUCAAUAGGUUAAACAAGUAAAUGGAUUUUGUUUAUUAAUCAUUUUAUCUUCUAAUUGGAGGAAUAAAAACUAAAUAUUAAAUAUCUAAAGAAUAAAUCUUUAACCUAAAUUCCAAAUAAAUAAAUUCCAUUUUGGCUGAAACUAUCUAAUUCAAAUCAUUCAGAUCCACAAUUGAAAUACUAAUUCAAAAAUAUUCAAACGAACUUUAAGAUUAAAUAUAAAAGCUAUUUUAAGACUUAAAUUUAAACUAAUUGAACUAUUAUCAAGUGUCUGAUUAAGAUAUCAAAAAAUCAGAAGAAUUAUAUCAAAAGGGAUAUAAAUUAUAUUGGUACGAUCACAAAUAUGAGGAAGCAAUAGCAAUUCUUGAUUAAGCUUUAAGGUUAAAUUCUAAGCAUCAAUUGGCAUUGUGGUGCAAAGCGGAGAGUUUAAAGAUGCUGGACUAAUAUAAUGAAGCUAUUAUCUGGGCAGAUAAGGCUUUGCAAGUUGAUCCAAAGCAUUUCAAUUCAUUAUAUACAAAAGCCGAAAGCUUAAGAAUGCUUGAUCAAUAUAACGAAGCAAUUAUUUGGGUAGACAAAGCUUUACAAAUUGAUUCUAAACAUUGCAAUUCCUUGUUUACUAAAGCUUCUAGUUUAAGAGGACUUGGUUAAUAUAACGAUGCAAUCGUUUGGGCUGAUAAAGCCUUAUAAAUAGAUUCGAAGCAUUGCAAUUCAUUGUCAACCAAAAGUGUUUCCUUAAGAAUGUUAAAAAGUUAUGAAGAAGCUAUAGCAGUUAUUGAUUAAUCUCUUUAAGUUAAUCCGAAUCAUUUGGACUCAUUAUGGUCAAAAGGUAAGUUACUACAGGAUCAAAAUUAAUAUUAAGAAGCUUUGAUGUGUUACGACAAGGCAUUAAAGAUCAAAGAAAAUCAUUAGUGGACGAAAGAUAGGAAGAAUGAAUGUCUAGAUGCUAUAAAAAAGAAAUGA